AUGGACCCAGAAGACUGGGAUUUGAGCGCCGAAGACCUCGAUUCCCUUGAAAGAGACGCUUUUCAGAAAAUUGCUCAACUCCGCUCCCACCCUCCUCCUUCAAACCCCUCUCCCGCUUCACGUUUUCAAAGAGUUGAUGCUUUGCCUCAAGGAGCUAGAACACUCCCCCCUUCAUUGAAACCAGUGACAACAAACAACACUAACAAGAAUGAACAAGUUAAAGAAUUGACAAAAGCUUCUGUCAAAUUUUUUCUUCAUUCAAGUGGAAAUAUUGCAGCAAAGUUCCUAUAUGACCAGGUAAUAGUUGCUGCUUUUAGAAGAAUCCCUAAAUCUAUUUGGAAUGCUAAAGAACGGUUGUGGUUGUUCCCUCUAUCUUCUUUGUCAGAAGCAGAAAAGGUUCUCAGAGAAAUAUCUGGUUAUAAUGUUCAGGUGGAGAACUUAGAUCCCUUAGUGCAGCGUGCUAUUGCUGCUGCCACUUCUGUUCCCGAUCUUCGAGAUCAAUAUGAUAAGAUCCCUGACUAUGUUGAAACAAAGCUUUUGCCAUUUCAGCGAGACGGUAUAAGGUUUAUAUUGCAGCAUGGAUGUCGUGCUUUUUUAGCGGAUGAAAUGGGACUGGGGAAAACGUUGCAGGCCAUUUCUGUAGCUGCAUGUGUUCAGGAUUCUUGGCCUGUUCUCAUUCUCACGCCAUCUGCAUUACGCUUGCAAUGGGCUUCUAUGAUUCAACAAUGGCUGAAUAUUCCUUCAUCAGAUAUCCUUGUUGUCUUAUCUCAAAGUGGUGGGUCAAAUAGAGGAGGUUUCAAUAUAGUAUCUCCUCCAAGUGCCAAAAACAGCAUUCAUCUGGAUGGACUAUUCAACAUUAUCUCAUAUGAUAUGGUGGCAAAGCUACAAAAUACGCUUAUGGAGUCUGACUUUAAGGUUGUAAUUGCUGAUGAGUCACACUUUCUGAAAAAUGCUCAGGCAAAGAGGACAACUGCUUCUCUUCCAGUUAUAAAGAAAGCUAAAUAUGCAAUAUUGCUUAGUGGAACUCCUGCUUUAUCCCGACCAAUUGAACUAUUCAAACAGCUGGAAGCUUUGUAUCCUGAUGUGUAUAAGAAUGUUCAUGAAUAUGGUAACCGGUAUUGCAAGGGUGGAUUUUUUGGACUUUAUCAAGGGGCAAGUAAUCAUGAAGAAUUGCACAAUUUGAUGAAGGCAACAUCGAUGAUUCGGAGGCUUAAAAAGGAUGUUCUUUCUGAACUUCCUGUUAAGCGUAGGCAACAAGUCUUCCUAGAUUUGGCUGACAAGGACAUGAAGCAAAUUAAUGCUCUAUUUCGGGAGUUGGAGAUGGUAAAAGCCAAAAUUAAGGCAGCUAAAUCACAAGAGGAGGCUGAAUCACUCAAGUUUACUGAAAAGAAUCUUAUUAACAAGAUUUAUACUGAUUCUGCUGAAGCCAAGAUUCCCGCUGUUCUUGAUUAUCUUGGAACUGUAAUCGAGGCAGGUUGCAAGUUUCUUAUAUUUGCACACCAUCUAUCAAUGAUUGAUGCAAUACACGAGUUUCUUCUGAAAAAAAAGGUUGGUUGCAUCCGGAUUGAUGGAGGUACACCUUCUGGAUCAAGGCAACAGUUGGUUACAGAGUUUCAGGAAAAAGAUUCUAUCAAGGCAGCAGUGCUAUCUAUCAAAGCUGGAGGUGUCGGGUUAACAUUGACCGCUGCCAGCACCGUCCUCUUUGCAGAAUUGUCUUGGACUCCUGGUGAUCUAAUUCAGGCUGAAGACCGUGUUCAUAGAAUUGGACAGGUGUCUUCAGUAAAUAUAUACUACUUGCUUGCAAAUGACACAGUUGAUGAUAUCAUGUGGGACGUAGUGCAAAGCAAACUGGACAAUUUGGGACAGAUGCUUGAUGGCCAUGAGAACACCUUAAAGGUCUCAGAUGAUCAACCACUACUGAGAAGCCCUGCAAAGUACUUAAAGGUCUCAGAUGAUCAACCGCCAGUGAGAAGCCCUGCAAAGCAGAAAACACUUGAUCAUUUUGUCAGAAGAUGUGACAACAGCACGAGUGGAUUGGAACAUGGGUCAUCCCCCAAACGUCCCCGGUGGUCAGCAAAGCUGGAUUUGCACGUAGCAACUCUAAACUAUGCUGCUGGGAUGACAAUGGCUAAGAGUCUUACCCAACAGAUUUUGAUUUUCUCAAUGUAUGCUGCUAAGGUGGAAAACCCGCACAUGGAAGGGGAGAAAUUCAUUGAAAGAAUCUAUGUUGAUUUUGAUUUAUAA